AUGGCACUGGAUCGUAUUGAUCAAGUCAGUCCAGUAUUAGAUGGUAUAUUUGAACCUGGAGGAGAUGGAGAAGAUGUUGAUAUCUACAUUCUUGACACAGGUAUUAACUAUGAUCACUGUGAAUUUGACAGUCAUAGAGCCAUAUAUACUGGAUAUGACCCAGUUGACAACUACUAUGGAACAAAUUUAAGGGGUAGAGAUUGCAAUAGACAUGGAACUCAUGUAGCAAGUCUUGCUUGUGGAAAACAUUAUGGUGUUGCCAAAAAGGCCAACUUUAAUGUUGUGUCGAGCAAUAUUGUUAAUAUGGGAAUUCCAAUUGUUGCAGCUGCUGGUAAUAAUAGAGGAAAUGCCUGUAAUUAUAGUCCUGCAAGUGCACCAGGAGUCAUUACUGUUGCAGGCUCUGCUCGAGGAGAUGGUGUUUACUACUACACAAAUGGUGGUUCUUGUGUUAAUAUAUUUGCUCCUGGUUCUGAUGUCAUAGGAGCAGAUUACAGCUGUAGUGAAUACACAAGUGUUGAACCUCCACCCACUCUAACUAGUAGUACAACUUUCACAACAAGUGCCUCAUCUGCUUUUGCUUCAUCUCUAAGUGGUGGUGGUAUAGUUACACCUACACCAACUGUUAGUCAAGACACAAGUGUUGAACCUCCACCCACUCUAACUAGUAGUACAACUUUCACAACAAGUGCCUCAUCUGCUUUUGCUUCAUCUCUAAGUGGUGGUAUAGUUACACCUACACCAACUGUUAGUCAAGACACAAGUGUUGAACCUCCACCCAUUCUAGCUAGUAGUACAACUUUCCCAACAAGUGCCUCAUCUGCUUUUACUUCAUCUUUAAGUGGUGAUAUAGUUUACACCUACACCAACUACACAAGUGUUGAACCUCCACCCACUCUAACUAGUAGUACAACUUUCACAACAAGUGUCUCAUCUGCUUUCGCUUCAUCUCUAAGUGGUGUUAUAGUUACACCUACACCAACUGUCACUCAAGACACAAGUGUUGAACCUCCACCCACUCUAACUAGUAGUACAAUUUUUCCAACAAGUGCCUCAUUUGCUUUUGCUUCAUCUUUAAGUGGUGAUAUAGUUACACCUACACCAAUUGUUAAUCAAGUAUCUGGAUCUGGCUCAGGUUACAGUCAGCAUCUGGCUUUGGAUUUAGAUCAGGAUCUGGCUCAGGGUCUGGAAUAA